AUGAAUAAUCCCUCAUCCGAUGUUCCGAUUCCUGCAGUGGAACACAUCGCGGGUCGCGCCACCGGGACGACCGCCGGCGAUGGAAGGAACAACGUCGCUACUGAGCGCGGCUUGCCCGCUGGGGUUAGUGAUGAGGUGAUCAGAAUUCAUAUUCCGGUACCUAGGCUUAGUAUUCCUGCAGAUAUUAAGCUUAGUGAAUUAUCGCGGGAAGUUGCGCCACGUGUCCGCGCCUUUGUCCGCGAUGUCCGGAAGUAUUUUGAUUUCGUGCGGAGCGGAAAUCAUGGCAGUAUCCGUUGCUUAUUUUUAGCUAACGCUCUUGAAGGCGCCGCGAAAACGUGGCACGAUGACUGGACUAUUGCGCGAUUACAAUAUACUUCAGAGCAACUUUUGGAGGCGCUAUUAAUUCGUUUUGCCCCACAGAUUCAAACGCGCGAACUAGAAGCGCUAGAAAAACUUGCUGCAGGGCAGCAUCAGAUGCGGGCAAACGAAACGGUAGCCGCGUACCAUAGUCGUUUCGAGGCACUUAUAGCACCAAUUCCUGACUUAAGGGAGGUUGAUCGGAUUUUCUGGUUUAUCCGUGGCCUUUCCGCUGAGUUUUCAGGAGAAUGUGCGACCGACCGUGACGGUAAGCCUUUUCAGGAAUAUACAAAACUUGUGCAGCACACGCUUGGUGUUGAGGCCCGUCAACUUGCUAAACUUCAUUCUCAAGCCCAAACCCGCGUGCUUCUGCAUGCUUCCACCGCUGUGCAGGAUCCCGCGCCCAUCAUCACUGACGACGGGGACCUCCCGGCACCGGAGGUCAGGCCUCGGGCUGCUACUGCUGCCGCUGGGCGGAAUACAGCUCACCAGGCCUCCGGUGCUGGGAUGCGUCGGGUUCUUCAGUUUCGUGCUGGUAGCAAGCUCUUCAACGGUGUAGACAUGACGGGUCAACUUGUUUCCCUUCCAGGUCUGCCAUAUACUGCUGACGUUUGGUACGAUCCCCCUCUUGUCCUGGGGCACCUUGACACGGAGCCCCAUGUUUCAGUCCUGUGUGCAAAAGUUGCUGCGUCAACAGGGCCCAGAGUCCCGUUAAUUGGCAUUCGUGUCGCUGGACAUUCUUUAACUGCCAUGGCCGACUCUGGUGCCAGCGACGACUUCAUUUCUGCGUCCAUCGUUGAGCAACUCGUACUGAAACCUCAACCGGCAUCGUGGUCAUCUGUCACCCUUGCUGACGGGGGUAAGCAGGUCAUUUUGGGUCAAGUUUCCCUUCAUAUAUCCUUGGGCCCUUUGCGCCUAAAUGUCCAUCCGUAUGUGCUGCCUAAGUUUACUGAUGCAGCCACGUUUAUCUUAGGGUCCGCUACCCUUGAUCAGUAUGGGGCUCAUCUGAAUUAUGAGACCCACACCUUGCAGUUGCGGAAGGGAACCUUGUGUUAUAAGGCACCUUUCACCACUGCGGAACGGAUGGGAGAAGGGAAUACUAGUGCUGCACACUCCGAACCCUGUGUGAAUUUUGCUGCUGCCGCUAUCUGA